AGCUCACAGCCAGGCGCUCGUCGGAACUACUGAAAAACUUUACGUCGAGUUUUCACGAUGCGAUACUGCGUGGCCGCCCUGUGGCUGUCGGCGCUCACCACACUGGUGGUGGCCGCCGCUGACGACGCCCACCACGACGUGGCACCUGCACAGAACGACAACGAAAUAGAAUUAACGGAAGAGGAGAAGCGCGCGUGGUCGAGCCUGCACGGCGGCGGCGGCUGGGGCAAGCGAGGCUGGCAGGACAUGAGCUCCGCGUGGGGCAAGCGCGGGUGGAACGACAUGAGCUCGGCCUGGGGCAAGCGCGGCUGGAACGACAUGAGUUCCGCGUGGGGCAAGCGCGCCUGGCAAGACCUCAACUCCGCCUGGGGCAAGCGGGGCUGGCAGGACCUUAACUCUGCGUGGGGCAAGCGUGCCUGGAGGGACAUGUCCCAGUCCCCUUGGGGUAAGCGCGGCUGGCAAGACAUGAGCUCGGCGUGGGGCAAGCGAGGCUGGAACGACAUGAGCUCAGCUUGGGGCAAACGUGGCUGGAAUGACAUGAGCUCCGCCUGGGGCAAGCGUGGCUGGAACGAUAUGAGCUCUGCCUGGGGAAAGCGAGGACCUGAAAAGUGGGCUAACUUCCACGGCUCAUGGGGCAAGCGGUCUGAGGAACCCGACUACGAGGAGAUCGACGCCGCCAUCGAACAACUGAUCCCCAUCCAGCAGCUGAGUGAGAGCGAGCGCAUGGACGCGCCCGAGAAGAAGGCCUGGUCGGCGUUACACGGCGCGUGGGGCAAGCGCCCCGUCAAGCAGGCGCAGUACAACAGUGAGAGCAGUGCGCGGGACGAGGCCUAGACUACCGGAAACUGUGUAUUAUAUUAUAUACUUAACUAAAUAAAUCUAAAUAUUGUAUAACAACUGUCAUAUCUUAGGUACAACUGUCUGUCUGUCCGACCACUAUGUGUAGCGAGUCUUCAUGUACCAAAGCUUGUUCUCUCUACUAGCUAGAUGUUAUCAGGUGACGACAAAUGGAAUUGUAUCACAGUCAACAUCGUGAUGACGUGAAAAAUAUUAUUUUCCUCUAAGUCGCUAACUAACCUACAAACUCUGGUAAUUUUAUUUUAUUUUCUCCGCAAGACAAAACAUAAAAUAAUAUUUUUCACAAUCAUUACAAUGUUAGCCUGAGAUACAAUUCAGUUUACGCGCCAUCAUGUUUGACAGCUAAUAGUUUUAAUUUGUAAGGCCACAGAGUAUUAAUGUUGUAAUUCGUUUCACUCCCAACCAGUGAAGCGCAUUACCGUUGGCGGUCGAGUUCCUAUUGCUUUGUACGUUCCGUUUCACACAAUCCUUACUUCUGAUUGUUAUGAGAGUAGCGGGGUAUUUGUUUUAUAUAUGUACGUACAACUGAGUUAUGCAAUUAUCUGAAUUUGUUAUGUUUAGAGUUAUUUAGCUGCUAGAACCCGCGCUCCGCUUUCAAAAUUGUAAUACUCGUACAAAAUAUAGUUGAUACUAUGUCACCUUCUAGUGUAAACAAGAUUUUUAUCAAAUAUAAUAUAUUUAUAUUAAGACAUAGCGUUUAUUUUUACGACAUUUGAUAUUAAGUGUGUUAGGGCGUCGUACCGCGUCGUACCGCGUCGCGCGUCACGCGGGACAUCAUGAUACUGUAUGUACUGCUAGUUAGUUAAUUAAUUGUAUUUUACUAGUCAAGUUGAUGUACAUUGUACUAUACGGCUUCGCGAGAAGUUCACGUUUGUCCAAUAAAAGUUUAUUCGGAAGCCGAA